AUGGCCAAGUCGCUCCGCUCCAAGACCAAGCUCGCCGCUCGCCGCCGCAAGGCCCACGAGUCGCACUACGCCGUCGCUUCGGCUGAGCGUACCGCCCGUAUCUCGGCCAAGCUCCUCAAGAAGACCGACGUCGAGGGCGACGACGAGGAGAUGGCUGCCGAGGCCCAGGUUGACGGUGACGAGGAGAUGAAGGAGGGUGAGGAGCCCAAGAAGAUCUCCACCUCGGUUGCCCGCGGUUCGCGCCGUGAGGAGUGGCGCGCCUCGAAGGGCAUGGAGGUUCGUCCCAAGCUCAAGGGCCAGAACCGCCUCGGCCGCCCCGUCUCGCGUCACAAGGCCGGCAAGACCAAGCGCAGGCGUUGA